GACUGAAAUCAAAAGAGGAGAAAAAUGCUUUUACCGCAAUUUUGAGACGAAUUUUAAAGAUACGAAAGUCCGAUGAGGCCAACUACGUGGUAUUAAGGGAUAAGUAAUUUUUGGUUACCUGUUAGCUUUUAUUGUUUGACUUCUUUUUUGGGUUGAAGGAUCAAUGGGGGUAUUCGGGUAAGAGACCAAGAACAUGCUGCACAUAGCCAAGGAUCAAGAAAAUCAGCAGUUUAUGGUGCACCAUUCUAAUUAGAGAAAAGAGCUCAGCAUUUGGAGAGGACCAAUUACUGAGCACUCAAUUAUCCCACUUUUUUGUGAAAGCAAAGAGAAAUUAGGUCAAUUUUGAAUAAUCUGUUACGGUUUAUAUGUAUAUAAAAACUGUAAAUGGCAAUAUGUGAGGUUUAUGUAAAUAAUCUGUUGCGGUUUUUGUGUAUCACUUUGGAAGUACUUACUUGGGUGGCACGCUUUUUGGACAUACUGCAAAAAUAAACAAGGAGAUUAUCUUCAAUGUCUGGCACAAAUGCUUCAGUUAGUUGGGAGCUACCUGCUCCCGUUCAGUCAGAAGUUUUUUCUUCACAUUAGUGCCCUCCUGGACGACUAUUCAGCGUCUUCGGUCAGCGUACUACUCUUCCUGCCACAGUGAAAGACCCAACCGUAGAAAAAUACCGUGGUGAUGUUCUUCACGCCUAAAAAAACUCUCUGAAUGUUUUUGUAACCUGGUUGGGGUAUGUGAAGAUUAUCUACUAAAUGAGAAAAAUGAAAGUAUCGGCUUUACGGGAUUGAGUAUUUAUUACCAACCAUAAAGAGUAAGAAUAUCAACGAUUUCAUCGAGGCUAUGAACACAGGUUACAUUUGGCGGUAGAAACUAGAAACCGGUACCAAUAACAGUAACCAUCUGUAUGUUAGUUUCAUCUUCCUCUCACAUUAAGUAAGGGUGAAGUAAAUCGCUGGAAAACGUCGAAUCCCGCGCCUAGAUUGUUCAAAUUCCAGUCCAGUUUUAAGGGGCUGACAGUGUUCUUCAUUUCCCAAAGAGAGUGAGUAAAGGAGGCAAAAUGAGUCAGAAAAGAGGGGGUGGCAGGCCAUAUUUUCCUGGUAGUAGUAGUUCACCUGCAAAAGGGAAAGGUGUUGGUGGACAAGUCUCUGGAGGUUCAGGCUCUGGUAAUAAUAAAAAGGCUGAAGUUGUUCAUCUGGGUUCUAAUUUUGCAGAGCUAAGCCUUGAUUCUGGUAAAGAUACAAAGUGGGAGGUAGUGUCUCGCAACAAGAAUCGAGGCGGGGCAGGUGCACCAAAACAGUGCCGUCCCCAGAAUUAUGCUUCUACAUCCAGGGGCCCAGGAAAGGCUACAUUAGGUGCCUGGCAGGAUAGAAGACCAGGUGGAAGAGGAAUUAUGGAAAGACAAUCUCUCAGUACAGGGAGGGAGAACCAGUACAUGGCACCACCAGCCAAUAUUCCUCCCCCUCUACCACAUGGUUGCCAGCAGGGUGCAGGGGAUGUCCAAGUCCAACCUAAUGUGGUUGGGAAAGCGAAAGAUGAUAUUGACUCUGAGGUUGAUGAAGACAUGAAUGAAUAUAGCGAUAAUGACAUCUUUUCUGAUGGUUCCAGUGCAGAUGAAAGCCAGAAGAGCCAUGAGAGCUGCAAAAAGAAAAAGGUGUUUAAGAAGUUCUUCGACAUCUUAGAUAAACUGAGCCUUGACGAAACAAAUUCAUCUGUGCGGCGGUGGCACUGUCCAGCAUGCCAAAAUGGACCAGGAGAAAUUGAUUGGUUCUAUGGAUUGCAACCACUAAUGGCCCAUGCUAAGACCAAGGUAUCAAAGAGGGUGAAGCUUCAUAGACAGUUUGCAGAACUCUUAGAUGAGGAGCUAAGCCGGAAAGGAACUUCUGUUGUACCAGCUGGUGAGGUAUAUGGUAAAUGGCAUGGUCUUCGUCAAUCGGUUCCUGAUAAAGCAAUUGUUUGGCCUCCCAUGGUUGUGGUUAUGAACACUUUUCUAGAUAAAGAAGAUGAGAAGUGGACUGGCAUGGGUAAUCAAGAGCUACUUGCUUUAUUUAGUGCAUACAAGGCAGUAAAGGCUCAGCAAUCCUAUGGUCCGAAAGGGCACCGGGGGAUGGGUCUCCUCAUAUUUGAACGUACACCGACGGGCUAUGUUGAAGCUGUGAGACUCCACAAUCAUUUUAUUAAGGAAGGAAGAGACAGGGAUGCUUGGGAUCGUGGAGGAACUCUAUUCUUUGAAGGUGGAAAACGCAAAUUGUAUGGUUUCAUAGCAAGCAAGGAGGAUAUGGAUAGCUUCAACCGCCAUUCUACAGAUAAGUCAAAGCUGAAAUUUGAAAUGAGGUCAUAUGAAGAGAUGGUAGUAAUCCCAUUGAAGCAAAUGGAUGAAGACAAUCAGCAGCUGAAAUGGCUUAUGACCAAGGACGUUAAGAAUCAAAGGAAUGCAAAGGCCAUGGAAGAAACAAUUGGGGUGUUGAGUGAGAGAUUACGAAAGACGGCGAAAGAUAACCGCAUUGUGCGAGAAAGAACAUUAUUGCAAUAUGAACAAAACAAGGAAGAGAUGGAUCAACAAGAGCAAUUUUUCAAGGCUCAAAUAGAGAUGAUUCGUCAAGAGUUGGUGGAGAAAGACAGAGUUUUUCAAGAAGAGCAGGCAGAAUGCAGGAAAAUGCAGAUUAAUGUUAUAGAUUCCGGAAAUACCAUGGACCUUAAAAUCAGGGACAAGGAGAUUGAGAAAUUUAUCGAGUCUCAGUCAAAAGGCAUAGAGUUAUUCGAAGCAGAAAAAGAAAGCUUAUUCCAACUGCAUGGAGAGAAGAAAGCAGAGCUGAAGCGUAAGCAUUUGCAAGAAGCCAAUGACCUGAAAUGUAAGCAUUUGCAAGAAGACGUUGACCUGGAGAAAGAGUUGGAUACAUCGUUGACAGAACUCAUGAACCGGUACAGUUCUCAAUCCUCUUAAGGAGGAUUCUAGCAUUAUUCAUGCUUUAAGGUAUAAAAUGCAGGGAAGAACAUGAAGGAACAUUCAACAUACAAUUUUCUCUUUUUUGGUCAAAGACUCCCCCUUCUUCUGCAUUUGUUUUUUUUUUUUUUUUAUAUUAAAGUAUUAUACAAAGACUCCUUGUAGGGAAAUCAUAUAUUGAACGUACAAA